AUGGCUACAUCUCAACUCAUCCAACGCACAGCGGCGUUUGUGGAGCAGCAGCUGAAGAACAACGAUGCUUCGCAUGAUUGGCAACAUAUUGAGCGCGUCUGGAAAAUGGCAAAGACUCUGGCGAAGGAGGAGGGUGUGCCUGAGGAGAACAUGGAGAUCGUGGAUCUUGCAGCGCUCCUGCACGAUAUCGACGACUGGAAAUACCAGAAUGAUAAAGACAGACCCACAAAGCGGGCAGUGGCAUUUAUGCGGUCCGAGAAUGUACCAAUGGAGAAGAUCAAAAGUGUGAUGGACAUUGUUGACAGCAUGGGGUUCAAAGAAGAACUAGCAGGAAAAAGCGAGCGAUCGUAUUCGGUUGAAUACGGCUGCGUCCAGGACGCCGAUCGACUGGAUGCGAUUGGAGCUGUCGGAAUUGCUCGCUGUUUCACGUACGGAGGUCACAAGCUACGGCCGCUCUAUGAGUCGAACGUACCUCCAGUUGAUAGCAUGACUAAGGAGCAGUACAUGGACUCAAACCGGCCCAAUACUACCAUCAACCAUUUCUACGAGAAACUACUGAAACUUUGUGGCAUGAUGAAGACAAACGCAGGAAAGCGUUUGGCCGAUGAGCGUCACGCUUUUAUGGAGACAUUUCUAAACCAGUUCCAUAUGGAAAUUAGCGGCAGAGGAUGA